UCAUCCGUCCUCCCAUCGCUCCCAUCCCUCCGUGCCUCGGUGCCGGCGCGGCGCAGGGCGGCGAUGUGGCGGUGGCGCUAUGUGAGCGGCCGGCAGCUGCACGGCUUCCGACACUACAAGGCUGGGCUCCAACCAGGGCGUUCAGCUUUUCCUGGUUCCUAUCAAGCCCUUCCGUUCCCUGUGCCAGCAGCUCUGCCUGUUCACCUCAGCAGGAAUGAAGGUGGAGGAAGUGUGGCUUCGAGAGUGUUCUCCAGGUUGCUUCCUAGGAACUUGUCAUGCACAGAAGCUAAUUAAAAUGUACCAACCUGUUUGUGAGUCUCCGAUGUGAGUGGGAUAAAACAUUCUGCAAGCUGCUUCUGGCCACAGGGCGGGAGUUGCACAGGUAUGGCUGAAUUCAUUGAAUUUGCUGGUCAGCAUAUUGUCCCAUAUUUCACAGUCUUUGAAUACCAGUUGAGUACAGUGCUGUGGAUACAAAUCCUUUGUCUGUGUAUAUUAUGCAGCCCAUCUGGAAUAAAAUUAUUAAGAUAGUGCCUUUGUGGAUUGCUCCCAACCUGUUAACAUUCUCUGGAUUUGUCAUGAUUUUAUUUAAUUAUUUUCUAAUAUCUUUUUAUGACUGGGACUACACUGCCUCAGGUACCAGUCCUGGACUUGUUCCCACCUGGGUGUGGCUGUUCAGUGCUUUUACCACCUUUUGUGCUUAUGCUUUAGACUCCAUCGAUGGGAAACAUGCUCGAAGGACUCAGUCCAGUACUCCCCUGGGAGAACUAUUUGACCAUGGGUUGGACAGCUGGGCUACCUCCAUUUUUGUGCUUUCUUUUUUUUCUGUCUGUUCCCGUGACAAUGGGAAGACUGGAGUUUCUGUAUAUACAAUGUAUAUAUAUUUAAGCAUUGUCUUGUUUAACUUCAUGUGUUCACACUGGGAGAAAUAUAACACAGGAGUUCUUUUUCUUCCUUGGGGAUAUGAUAUAAGCCAAGUGGUGUUAAUAGCAGCAUAUCUGCUCACUGGUACUGUUGGUGUGGAGGUCUGGCAGAAGCCUUUGCUGUUUGGUUAUUAUAUUACAGAUGUAUUAGUUAUCCUGCUUAUAGUCUUCAGUUUGUUUCUAUCCUUUCCACAAACACUAUACAACAUUCACAGAGCACAUUUAAAGAAAACACUGAAGAAUGAUUCUCUGUAUGAAGGACUGCUACCUCUUGUGUCACCUCUGUUGCUGUUCAUUCUUCUUACAGUCUGGGUGGUUUUAUCUCCAAGCAACAUAUUAGCAAAGCAACCCAGACUGUUUUUAUGGAUGGUUGGGGUUGCUUUCUCCAAUGUUAUUUGCAAGGUGAUCAUCUGCCAGAUGAGCAGCACGCGGCCGGAGCUGUUCCACUGGUUCCUGUUCCCGCUGGCGCUGGUGGUGUACGCGGCCAUCUCGGGGCUGCUGGGCCGCAUGGAAGAAGCCGUUCUCGCCGUGUUCACCAUCCUGGUCACGGCUGCCCACGUGCACUACGGCGUCUGCGUGGGUAGACAGCUGAGUGAGCACUUGAACAUUUACAUCUUUUCCCUGAAGAAACGCGUCCAAGAGUGAACACCUGCACUACGAUCAGACUGUAAAACUUGGCAUGGAGAUUUGCAGCUCUUCUGAUGUGAAAAAUAGUUGGAAUGAAUCUGAUUAAAAUAACCAAAGAAUA